AUGGAUUGUUCUGGGACUCAGAUAUUGACAUGGACAAUUUGUGUGAACUUUUUUGGGUUGUGCGUGGGUCAAGUGGCAGCACAAACACACUACAUGGUGGCCAUUCCUGCUGUUCUUCAGGCAGAGGCUGAGAACAAAUUCUGCACAAGUCUCCUGGAACCAACGGAGAGUCUGACCGUGACUGUCACUUUGAUGUUGUCCGAGAGGAACAUGACCCUUCUGCAAACCACAUCUCACGAAGAGUUUCAUACUUGCACUCAGUUUAUGGCUCCAUCGGUACAAACUGAAGUUCAGAAUUUGGAAGUGGAGGUGCGAGGGGAUACGUUUUACUCAAGAGAAGUUAGAAAAGUCAUGAUCAAAAAAUAUGAACCCAGAGCAUUUGUUCAAACAGAUAAACCAAUCUACAUCCCUGGACAAACAGUGCAUUUCAGAGUUGUCACUCUGGACAACAAAUUAAGACCUGCCAGGCAGCUGUACGAUAUCAUCCAGUUUCAGGAUCCUCAGAACAACAGGAUUGCACAGUGGCUAAACAAAACCUCUAGUGGUACAAUUUUGCAGCUUUCUCACUCCUUGAGCUCUGAGGCCCGAGAGGGAACAUACGUUAUUUCGGUGAAAAUGGGUGAACAGAAAUUCAAUCAUCUCUUCAAAGUGGAGAAGUAUGUUUUGCCCAAAUUUGAUGUAAAAAUAAAUGUACCAAAACAAAUAAAUGCUGCAGAGGAAGAAUUGGAUGCUAAAGUGUGUGCAAAGUACACAUAUGGACAGCCUGUGCAGGCAAGAGUGACAAUUAAGGUGUGCCGACCUGUUCACCUUAUUAUUUUUUUAAAACUCACCUCUGACGAGUCACUUUUAGAGGAUUUUGAUAAAAUGAGGCGAUGUGCCACCAAGACAAUGCAGACCGACAAAAGAGGAUGUGCUAACUUUAACUUGAAGGUGGCAGCGUUUACCAGACACAAACCCUCGGUAUUUAAGGAUGUGUUAAACGUCACUGCCACAGUUGAAGAAGAAGGGACGGGUGUUUCACACCCCCAACAGGAGACAGUAGAGAUCUCGCAUGUUAUUGCAACACUAAAUUUUUUCGAUACUCCUGAUUUCUAUGAGAAAAACUCAAUUGUUGAAGGAAAGGUUAAAGCUGUUUACUUCAAUGAUACACCCAUAAGAGGUGCAUCGCUGCACCUGUUUGAAAAGAGGUCAGAACAACUAUCACAGAAUCUCACUACUGACAGUGAUGGAGUUGCUUCGUUCACUGUCAACACAGAAAGUUUCAAUGGGGAUAUUUUUCUCCGGGUGGUCAGCACACUAGUGCAGCCAAUCCAUCACUCCACAGUACCCUUUUAUCAGACAAAAUUUCACAGGCUGUCUGUCCUCCAACCUCCCUCCCCUGACACUAAAACAGUCAGCUCCCUGAAAGUGAAGACGAAGGAUGAAGCACUGCUGUGUGACAAAGAGGAGGACAUUUCCAUCCAAUACACCAUAGUGAAAGAAAACGAGGGCUCUGUGAACGUGAUGUAUCUGGUCUUAAGCAGAGGGCAAAUUGUAUCCCAUGGAUUCAGACCAGUUGAAGUGCGCGAUACACAUGUGAAUGAGGGGACGCUGGUGUUUAAGUUAAAAGUGUCUCCAGACAUGGCACCGGAUGUUCAGGUUGUGGCUUAUGCAGUCCUCCCCAGCAAGAAUGUGAUUGCUCACAGUGCCGACUUUUCAACGGGCGAAUGCUUCAAUAAUAAGGUAUCCCUGGAGUUUUCCCUGUCCUCAGCCGUCCCAGGAGACCAGACCGGAAUGCAGCUGAGUGCCCAGCCACACUCCCUGUGUGGCGUGAGCGCCAUCGAUCAGAGCGUCCUCAUCAAGGAGCCGGGAAAGACUCUGACCGCACAAAAGAUUUAUGGGUUGCUGCCUGUCAAGAAGGCACAUUCUUUUCCAUACAAGCUUCAAGACCCUACAGAAUGUUUAAAUGUUAGACCAAAGAGAUACAUUUUUCCACAUCCGAACGGAAGGGAAAACAGUGCCUAUGAAGUUUUCAAGCGCACUGGAUUGAAGAUCGCCACUAACUUGAUGAUUCGAAUUCCGGAUUGCCUCAAUUUCAAAGGACUGGAAUACCGUUAUGGAUCAGUUUCAUAUAGGACAAGGAGUUAUGGUUUUGCAAUUCCAGUGUCAGACAGAUUUAGCAUUACAGAACCAUCUCCACCCAGUACUCCUCCACCAUUAAAGACCAUCCGUUCAUUCUUUCCUGAGACUUGGAUUUGGAACCUGGUGGAAGUUGGAGAGUCUGGCACGAGGGAUGUGUCCUUCACUGUCCCAGACACCAUCACGACCUGGGAGACGGAGGCAUUCUGUUUGUCCCCUCAAGGCUUUGGUCUGGCUUCUCGUAAAAACCUCACUGUUUUCCAGCCCUUUUUUCUUGAGCUGACACUGCCCUACUCCAUCAUCCGGGGAGAGAACUUUGAGCUGAAGGCAACUGUCUUCAACUACCUGACCAGCUGCAUCAUGGUCAAAGUGACCGCAGCCCCCUCCCCAGAUUACACUCUCACCCCCCUCUCUGGGAACCAGUACACCUCCUGUCUGUGUGGCAGCGAGCGCAGAACGCUCAGCUGGACCAUGACUCCCACGGCCUUAGGCACUGUGAACGUGAGCGUGACUGCCGAGGCUGUGCCGUCCCACGCUUCCUGUGACAACGAGAUCGUGAGCGUUCCAGAAAGAGGUCGCAUUGACGUGGUCACCCGGCCUCUCAUAGUAAAGGCAGAGGGAACUGAGGUAACAACAACGCAAAACUGGCUGCUCUGCCCAAAAGGAAACGCUCUGACAGAGGAAACAGAGAUGCAGCUGCCUGACAAUGUGAUUCCUGGAUCUGCUCGUGCUACAGUAUCAGUCCUGGGUGAUAUCCUUGGCCGGGCCCUGAACAACCUCGAUGGACUGCUGAAGAUGCCGUAUGGAUGUGGAGAGCAGAACAUGGCUCUCCUGGCCCCCAAUAUCUACAUCCUCCAUUACCUCCAAAAUACUCAGCAGCUGACAGAAGCCAUCAAGGAAAAGGCUUUCCACUUCCUGAGCAGUGGCUACCAGAGACAGCUCAACUACAAGGAUAGAAAAGGGGCUUACAGCACAUUUGGUUCAGGACCAGGGAACACCUGGCUAACAGCUUUUGUGAUGAGAUCUUUUUUCAAAGCUCAGUCCUUCAUCUACAUUGACCCAGAGAAGAUUCAACAGUCCAGGGAUUGGCUGCAAAGUAAACAACACGAGAAUGGCUGUUUCAAGAAGAUAGGAAAACUCUUCAACAACAGGAUGAAGGGUGGUGUGUCUGACAACGUCACUCUGAGUGCGUACGUCACAGCCGCCUUUCUGGAGAUGAACAUGUCCACAAAUACUACUGCGUUGAACAGGAGCCUUUCAUAUCUAAAAGAGUCCAUCAGCGGCGUCAGUAACACCUACACGACCGCUUUGCUGGCGUACGUCUUCACACUGGCAGGAGACAUGGAGACCCGUGCUCAGCUUCUGCAGCAGCUCGACACGGUCGCCAUAAAAGAAGGAGGCGUCCUUUACUGGUCUCAGACGGCGACAGAAACAUCCGCCUCUCUGUCAGUGGAGAUCAGCUCCUACGUGCUGAUGGCCAAACUCAGCGCCCCCCACACGGCCGAGGACCUGGGCUACGCCUCCAGCAUUGUUCGAUGGCUGACACGGCAGCAGAACCACUAUGGAGGCUUCUCCUCCACCCAGGACACGGUGGUGGCCCUUCAGGCUCUGGCGCUUUACUCCACCGUCGUGUUCAGCCCAGAAGGCGUGAGCACAGUGACCGUUGCGUCCCCCGGCAGUCAGCUGACCCUCGAUGUGACUCCGGAGAACAAGCUCCUGUACCGUGAGAUGGCACUGCAGGACGUGUCCGGAAAGUACCGCCUGGAGGUGAAGGGGACAGCCUGCGCCUCAGUGCAGAUUUCUCAUCAUUACAACAUCCCAACUCCUACUAAUGUCAACAAUCUGAGUGUGAAGGUGGCGACGGAGGCAAGCUGCACAGAAGAAUUACCGAGACCGAGACUCACCCUCAACCUUCAGUCUCUAUUCAGUGGAAAAGAGAAGAGCACAAACAUGGUGAUCGUGGACAUCAAAGUGCUGACUGGAUUUGCUCCAGACCAAGAGUCUUUAAAGAAGCUCAGAGGGGCGCCGCUCGUGGACCGUGUGGAACAGAACAACGAUCACGUUCUGAUGUAUUUACAAGAGUUAAGAUCUGGGAUAGCCACCAAUCACAGUUUAGCGCUGGUACAGGAGCUGCCUGUGGAGAACCUGAAGCCAGCUGUGGUCAAGAUCUACGACUACUACCAGCCAAGUGACCAGUCUGAGGCAGAGUACAUUUACUUUUGCACUACAGAAGACAACGUGGGACAAGACAGAGAAUAAUAACACAUUUUUGCAGUCUUUCAUAGUAUGAGUUUUCAGUCCAUUAAAAGGCAGAGCUGAAGGAGUUUAAUUAUUCCUGAUACAUGUUAAUGUUCCUAUGCAUGCUCCACACAGAAAGAGCUGCUUUUGUUUUCAUGUGAGAAACAUUGUCCCAGUAAUUCAAAAGUUUCAGGGAACUCUGCAACAAAUAAGAUGUGAUCAUGUAAACAUAUGAGAAUGAACAUGUGAGUCUUUCUAAAGUAUGAUGUCUAUUCGUGACUGGCUGUGAGAAGUUGGAUUUUAUUAAUUAUUCUGUAUAACAAAACUCUAAAUCUGUAAAUGUCUAAAAAACUGUAACCUUGAAUAAUGAUGCUUCUUCUGUACCUUUUCAAAUGCCGAUAUACUUGAUAUACAGUAUAAAUGUAUCCAACAAGCUAUGAUCAUGAUUCCUUUUUCGACCAAUCCUCAAAUACUGUAAAUUUAAAGUAUGAAUGUGUGGUUUGUACAAGACAACUUUGAACAAGACAUAAAAUAUUCAAAUCAAUAAACAAUUCUCGA